GUAAUAUAUUGACUUGACCAUAACAUGCCAGCCAUGGUUGGCACGAGGCGGAGAGGAACUGAGGUGCGUGGGGGCUGGUUGGCAUUGGUGCUGGCAGGAGUGGCAUGUUGCAGUACGGGGCAGCUCUGCUGGAUUGCAGGUGGCAGGCGUGAGCUGAUCGCUGGAGCUGUGGCGGGUGGCAUAUUUGCCCCAACCGCUGCGAAUGCCUUCCAAAAUGCCGUCUACCAGGUGGAGCGUUCGCUGAAUGAUGCCAAAAAGCCUGGCCCACAACCACCCGACCUGGGACUUCUGGAGAGGGAGUAUCUGGUCAAUCCUGCAGACACUUUGGACAAGAGUAUGCUUGAAAAGAAGGGUGAGUCGGGGAUCCUCAAAGAGUGUGGGCCGAGGGCGAAUUGUUUCUCCACCACCUACACAGACGUUGUGGACAAAGGCUUCCAUGACUUGACGCCAUGGCGCUUCAAGGGCAAAACUCCUGACCAAGCAAUGCAGGAGGUCGCCGAUGUCAUCGCUGCCUAUCCACCAGGGCAGAGUGGCAUUGAUGGAGGAGGAUACAAAGUGACGCAGAUUGAGCCCAACUAUUUGUACAUCAUUUUCGAGAGCCUUAAGAGGGGCCACCGCGACGAUGUGGAAUUUGCAGUGAUCCCUGGAACCCCGAACGAUGCCCGAGAAGGUGGGCUUUAUGUGCGGAGUGCGAGCCGACAGGGAACCUAUGACUUUGGAGUGAAUGCCGUCCGCCUCAACAGAAUUGCCAAGGACUUGAUGGCCAAAGGCGGCUGGGAUAUUCGCAUGAUCGAUGCCAAAACACAUCCACGGUACUGGAGUCAGAACUGCUUUGGAGGUGACAUGGGACGCAAAGCUCCAAUCGUUGUGAGGAAACAGUUCCCAGAAUUUUGCAAGGAGUUUCCUCCUCGCGAGCCUUAGUGGCUUUGUACAGAAGGGUGGUGAAAUUGUGAUUUUCUCAAGGAGGCCGCAAUGGAGUGCAUAAAGACUUGCACUGAGACCCCUUGACAUCCGAUAGCAGCUCAACUAUUCUUGAGCAAAUCAUAUGAUGCGCGUUGACACGGCCUGCGCCAGUAAGAUUUGAAGCUGGCAACCAGACUGGGACAGGCUCGUACAUUUUCGGAUAUGGUUUCGAAGUAGCAGAGUCGCAGUUAAAA